AUGACACGUAGCCGAUUUGAUGCACAAGCCGGUUAUUUAGGUGCAUUACUUGUUGGCGGGCCCGAAGAGGUUGGUACCGGUACUGUUGUUAGCGGAACCUUUGCAAACAUUGCAUGGGGUGGUGGCAGCAAGUAUGUAAAAACAGAAAUUGACCCUGCCGGUGGCACUACCUAUAGUGUUGCAGGUACAUCUCAACUUAUAAGCGUACCGUAUGCUCUUUAUGCAGCUAAUGGUGGUGGCUCGCAAGGCCCAACUGGUGCUCCGGGUGCAACAGGCUCUCAAGGACCUACAGGUCCUGCCGGUGCAACAGGUGCAGGUGUACAAGGCCCAACAGGCCCACAAGGUCCAACUGGUCCGGGUGUAGGUGCUACAGGCCCUACCGGCCCAACUGGUGCCGGAACAACUGGUGCUCAAGGUCCAACAGGCCCUGCAGGCCCAACAGGUGCGGGUACAACAGGCGCUAAUGGCUCUACUGGUGCCCAAGGCCCAACAGGCCCUGCCGGUCCAACAGGUGUGGGUGUAACGGGUCCUGCCGGUCCAACAGGUGUUGGUACAACAGGUGCUCAAGGUCCAACCGGUCCUGCCGGCCCAACAGGUAGCGGUUCUGGUGGUGGAACACUUGAUGCUGCUUACGAUUUUGGUGGCUCUGGCGCAGGCCGUAGCAUUACUGCCGAUGCAGGCUCUGUAUCUAUUACAGGACCAACAGGCGUUACAGGCCUUAACGGUAUUGCUCUUUUAGUUACUCAAAACGGUUCUCUAACUGCUGGUAUUGGUGCUAACCUUAACGGUACCGGUAAUGCAAUUACCGCUAACAGCGCUAAUGCUACUAAUACAUUCUCUACUAUACAAGGUAUUACCAAUAGCUCUACUCAAAAUAACUCAGCCAUCUUCGGACAGGCAACAGGGGCUUCACGCGCGGUUGCAGGGGAGGCUACUUCUACUUCUACAUCUGAUGUGGCUGUACGCGGUAACAACUUACGUACUACCGGUGGUAUAGGUACUGAAGGUGUUGGCUUUAAUGGUGUAUCGGGUAAGAGCGCAUUUAACCAGGGCUACGCUGUAUUUGCAAAUAACACAGCAACUCCUGCAGGUACUAACAUGAACUCUAUUGCUGUUGCAGGUUUAGGUGGUAUUGGUGUUAACGGCCAAACUACGUAUGGCAACCUUGCGGGUGUAUUAGGCCAAAACUUUACUGUUUCUCCUGCUGAUGAUAACGCUGCUGUUUUAGGUCAGUCAGCGCAUGGUGCAGGUGUUAUUGGUUCUUCGGUAGACCUUUCUUACUUCGGUGUUUUAUCGCUAGGCGAUUUAGGUGCUACAGGUACUAAAACCUUUGUUAUUGACCAUCCGCUAGACCCUCAAAAUAAAGUGUUAAAGCACUUCUCUAUGGAGUCAGAUCAGGUAUUAAACGUAUACCGCGGUAAUGUUAACCUUGAUGCUAAUGGUAAUGCUACUGUUACACUUCCUCAUUACUUCCAGUCUAUCAACAUCAACUUUAGCUACCAGCUUACUCCGGUAGGUGCUUCAGCUCCGGGUUUAUUUGUUAAAGAAGAAAUUGGUACAGGCAACACCUUCAAAAUUUCGGGUGGUAAUGCAGGCCAAAAAAAUCAGCUGGGUAGUAUAUGCCGAGCGUAACGACCUUUACAUGCAGCAACACCCUGAGAAACGCGAUACUGAGGUUGAAAAGCGUGACGGCCAAAAAGGCACUUACAUGCAGCCUCAAUUGUACGGCAAACAAGUUGAUAUGCUAACUCCUGUAAUUAAGGAACAACGCUAAGCAUUUAGCGUAAUUGAUAUUUACUGAAAAGCCCCGCUACAAGCGAGGCUUUUUUUAUUUGCCUUUAUACGGGUUAUACACCCUGUAAUACAUACCCGGCUCUGUGCCACAAAGCGUUUCUUUCCAAUAAACCAUUCCGCAUUUUUCCAGUAUGCGGAUAGAACCAAUAUUAUUCUUGUCUACACGCCCAAUAAUAACAUCAAGGUUAUGGUUUUUAAAGCCAUGUUCAACACUAACCAAACCUGCCUCGGUACCGUAGCCCUUGCCCCAAAAACGUUUGUGAAAACGGUAGCCUAAA